AUGAGAUGCAACAUUAACUUCAACUUCAUGUCCAACGACUGGCAAGUUAGCCCAGGCGAAAGCCACUCAUUCCUCCAGGAUGUUCGUACAGCCGUGCUCAAGUACAGAGCAGCAUCAGCUACCCGUUUCAGCAUCCCAAUUGAAGUCGCCCAAUCCCAAUCGCAGCACAUUUUACGAUUGGGGAAGUUUCACGGCAGCUUUGCUUUGUGGGUUGGCUUCUACAACUUCAGUAACAGACCUAUAUUCGCUACCUGUCGUCUACAGCGCAGGAAACGGAAAAGCGGCCGUCGCUUUACCGAUGAAAUUGAGGUAUAUACGAAGAAGAUAGGCCGAUACAUACCCUUGGAGGAAUUCUUGGAGAAGAUGUUUCCUACUUUCAGCCAAAUUCCGGUCGGCAACGAUGCCAUGUUCCAGUGGUGGAAGACGAAUGGCGGAACCUUUAACUGGACUGGUCUACCUACCGAGCUUAAAGAGCGCAUCAUAUACUUCUGCAUGCACCAAUCUCAGCCUCGCGCUCUGUACAGAAGAGCAAUCAGAGGUGCACCGGAAGUUACGAGCCAGUUUGGCAAAUGGUCAGCCAUGCUCGGUGUGUCCCGCCAAGUCCGCGCGAUAUGCUUGCGCAUCUGUUUCGUCGGCAGCAGUGACCUGCAGUAUGGCAAAGGACUGUGUAUAGACGUCAAGGGCCACCGCGCUUUCAAAGACUGCAUGCGGCGCUUGGGAAAAUGCUUCCAGAUGCUGGAGCCGGGGCAUCUUCCGACGACUGACGAGACCUGGACACUUGCAGAGACGUAUAACCACUAUCCUCGCAUCUACCCUCACUUAUCCCGAUAUGCGACUUUGCGUCACGCGAUCCGCAAGAUCAACUUGCAGCUGUCUUUCCUCGACUCGAUGCACUUCUUCAAGGUCACGACUGGUUCGUUUGCACAGUACUUCCAGAGUUUCCGGCUCGAUUACGGAAUCUUUGGCCAAAUGCCUUGCUUGAAUGAGAUUAGGAUCCAGUUGCCGGAUGCGAGGGGAUACCUAGUUGAUGGACCACAUCAGCAGGGUCCUCAGCUGUUUUAUGGGGAACCGUUCAAUUGCCCGAGGAUACUGCAUCGGCUUAUAUACGAAAGAGCUGCGGAUGUAUUGGCUACGUACGAAAAUGUCAACAUGUAUGGGUUCAUGGAUGAGAUGGAGAAGGAGGGAUUCUAUGAGUUGAGGAGUGAAUCGAGGAAGAAGAUGAAAUUCACGGCGAAAGAACUUGAGGAGUUGUACAGAGAGGACGGAGGCGGUAUCGAGCUUGAGAAAAGUAUCAUUCCUGGUAUACACGGUGAGAUGGUAGAAGAGCCUGAGUGGCCCAUGAUACAGGAUGCCUUUUGGCCACCAAAGUGUAGGUGCAAGCUCAGGUGCAGAAAGGUCUUGUACCCAGACACGAUCUGA